CACACAUAUUCUGGUUUAUCUUCCUUCUACAAUCAUUAUCUGAAAAUCAAUGACUCAACUUCAAAGUCACCCUGUAUAUAUAUAAUAUAAGCCGAAAUAUGGAAUUCUAUCUUUAAGGCUCUCUGGGCAAGGACUCCAGGCUGGUUGAAUGUACAUACGAAGACAUAAUUACUCAGUCCAUAUAGAGUGAAUCCUUACCUAUGUUGUACAUUAGAACGACUUUAACUUUAGUUGUGAAAAAAUUGAUUUCAUAUCCAAUUGUUGUUAAAGAUGUUGCAAUAGUAAGUUAACCACCGUACCAAAUUAAACGUAUCAACUUGAUUGCCUCACACUCCUGCAUACCACUUAUAUCAACAAUUCAUAGUUCUCCAAAGAAAAAUUUACUAACUUGCGAGUAUGUUAUAACUUUUAUUCACUUUGAUAGCUACAUAUUAACCUAUAUUGUCUGCGUGCAAUACGUGUGUUAGAAAGAGAUAGGAGCACAUCGUUGCCUAGCAGCUGGAAUACGAGGUCAUGGAUGCCAGCGCGCACUCUUUCUGACAUCCAUAUUGCAGGCUUCUCUCUCGUAUACAUUACAAAUUUGAACCUCACCGUAUGUGAAGAUGACGAAAAGAACAUUACCCUAAGAUUUUUGAAAAUAGGUGCAUUGACCGAGGAAUUAACAGAAACAAAUAAAUUCUGGAACAUACUCGUAAGGCUAAUUUUCAAUUCUACCGACUUUAUGUUCAGUGAUAUUCGUACCUAAUCGUAACAUGUAAUUCUAGGGCAGAUCAAAGUGAUGAGCCUUCGGUGAUUGGAUAUUCCUCGAUGAAGUGCGCUGUAACGUACGAUGGAUCUGUACUAUGUGUGCCGCCCAUUCACAUUGAUGCUUUGUGUAAUCCAGAUCUCUCAAAGUAUCCCUUCGAUAGCCACAACUGCACCUUAAAUUUUGGCUCGUGGGUGUACAAAGGCGAAGAAGUGGACAUCAAACUAGUGAACAAAGUGGUCAAUGAUGAUGACCUGGUGAGUGACGGAGAAUGGACUGUGCAAUCUUUCCAUACUGUCAGGAACUCUGGGGUAUACAAAUGUUGCCCCAACAGCACUUAUCCCUCAGUCAGUAUCACAUUUACCAUCAGGAGGCUUUCUGGAGCACAUGCAGCUACUGUUAUCAUACCGUGUAUAGUGGCGGUAAUACUAACCUUUGCUUUGCUGGCACUAUCCCCACUGGAUAGAGAAAGGCUAAUUAUGUCAUACGUUAAUUUGGUAGUCCAGCUUCUACAAGUGCAGUUCAUUUCAUGGCAGAUACCGCUUCGAGGAGAUAAUAUCCCACUUCUGAUUGUAUUUGCUCGUGAUUCCGUUUUGCUAUCAGUAUUCGCUAUCGUAUUCACAAUACUGUUCAAGAAAAUCAUGGAAAGGAAAACUACACCGCCAUAUUGGAUCUCGAAAAUUAUAUCUUUUGCAGUUGCAUGUCCAAUAGGCCAAAUAAUUUUGCUCAAAGACUUUUCUGUGAAGGUAAGGAACUAUUCUUAUUACGAUAAAAUAUUAUAACAAGAGUUUAGAGCUUAGAACCAAUAUUAACUCAAACAGGAGGAAGAUUAAUGCAAAGAUGUGAAAAAGUAGGUGUUACGUUUAAUAGAUGAAAGACUCUUGAUUUAAAGGGUCAAAGUUAAUUUUUUGGAAACAUUAAUAAACAUUUUGGUCAAAUGCAAAUGUUGCAGCCUUCUCAAAAAUUUAGCUCAUCCAUGCAUAGCUCUUAUGGUUGAAUACAUGACCUCGUUGUUAUGAAUCGUUCAGAAAUUACAUGAAUGGCAAGAAAGUUUAAUUACUGAUCAUAUCACAAUUUGUUGCUAGGGAGUAGCAUCUGCAAAGGGUGAAGAAGACGGAGCAACGAUUGUGAACUCAGAAACGACGAGCAGCUCGCAAGACUGGGAAAUUUUAGGAAAAAUUUUAGAUAAGAUAUUCUUUAUACUGUACAUUAUCAUUUAUUUUAUUAUGACUGUAGCAUUCAUUCCUUGAACUAUGUUCAGAUAAAUUGUUACCUACCUUUAUGCUGGAGAGUGUUGAAGAAAUACACAGGAGCUAAAGCCA